GCAUCCCAGUCGCUCGCCGGUGCCUGAGCCUGCCCAUCCUCUCUCUGGGCAUGGCACCCCCGGUUUGUGCUGCUGCAAAACUUUGUGUUCGGCAUGUAGUUGGUGGGAGAACUUCAUUGCACAGAUGGUGCUUCGUGGAUAUGGAAAGACUUAUCCUUGUGAGAGCUUCGAGUGCUGUGUGAAAGGAAGGAUGACUGGGUAGCUAGGAGUAGGCUGUUUAAGACAGAAUGUUAUGUAUUUUUGGAACAGGACACGGGAAGAUCAGUAUUGGCGAUUAUCUGUAAGAGAUAGUAAAGACCUCGUUUAGCCAUUCAUAAUGACACGAGUGCCAGCCCUAAUCCUAAUUUACAGUUAUGUUCUAUGUCGUACAGGUUAAAGACUCUCAUGUAAUGUUUUCUAUGUCAAUUCCAUUUUUCAGUGCCAGCAGAUGGUUGAAACCAUGCCUCACACUGAAGAGGACUGUGUUAAAUCAGGAAACAGAUCAAUAACCUAUUUAUUUUCAUGCUUUUCUAAGUGUUUGAAAUGUAGGGUUCAGUGUGAAGCCUUUCACCUGCAUAACACCAGGUGCCAUGGUGCCUCUGGGGACUUUGAUGUAGUUUGUUCCAUGCUACUGACCCUUCCUUUUCUUAAUUCUGCUUUUUUCUUUUGAGUGGCAGGAGAGGACAAAUCUUAGCUUUUGCAGGCUAGAAAGUGGUAGUUAUUUUCUUAACUAGGAGAAUGUUUUAAGCUUCGUGUGAAUUAAACUUUAGGGUGCAGUGACCUUGCUGCGUGAGUCGUGUGGCAGCGAGGGUGAGCGGUGGCUGUGUGUGCUCAGAGCUGCUCGGCUGCCUGGGCGAUGGUCUGUGUGUUUUGGUGCUUACUGAGUGUGACUGCAGAGCAUCUUGUGCUCUGCCCAGCUGCCCCUGAGUUGUUUGGUUCUGUUUUCCAGAGCCGGAAGAGGCAGAAGGCAGCCGGUGAGGCGGAGAGUGGAGAAUGCUACAGGUCGCCUUUCCGCAAACCCUUGGCUCAGCUGACCAACAGACCCCACUGCCUGGACAGCACUCAGCACGAGGCUUUUAUCCGCAGUAUUUUGUCCAAACCCUUCAAAGUCCCCAUUCCAAAUUAUAAAGGGCCCCUGGGCUUGCGCUCGCUGGGUGUCAAACGAGCAGGACUGAGGGGUCCUCUCCACGACCCAUUUGAGGAAGGAGCUCUGGUUCUGUACGAGCCCCCCGUGCUGAGUGCCCAUGACCAGCUGAAAAUAGACAAGGACAAAGUACCUGUCCAUGUUGUAGUGGAUCCUGUCCUCAGCCGUGUUUUACGACCCCAUCAGAGAGAAGGGGUGAAAUUCCUCUGGGACUGUGUGACGAGCCGGCGGAUCCCUGGGAGUCAUGGCUGUAUCAUGGCAGAUGAAAUGGGGCUGGGCAAAACUCUCCAGUGCAUCACACUCAUGUGGACGCUUCUUCGGCAAAGCCCGGACUGCAAGCCUGAAAUCGAGAAAGCCGUGGUGGUGUCUCCCUCCAGCCUGGUGAGAAACUGGUACAAUGAAGUAGAGAAAUGGCUGGGGGGAAGGAUCCAGCCACUGGCCAUUGACGGAGGCUCCAAGGAAGAGAUUGACCGUAAACUAGCUGGAUUUAUGAACCAGCGUGGCCUGCGAGUGCCUUCACCCAUCCUGAUUAUCUCCUACGAGACCUUCCGACUGCACGCCGAGGUGCUGCAGAAGGGCAGUGUUGGGCUCGUCAUAUGUGAUGAGGGCCAUAGACUGAAGAACUCUGAAAACCAAACUUAUCAGGCUCUCAACAGCUUAAACACACCUCGAAGAGUCCUUAUCUCAGGCACUCCUAUUCAGAAUGACCUGCUGGAGUAUUUCAGCCUGGUGCACUUCGUCAAUUCGGGCAUCCUGGGAACUGCACAGGAAUUUAAAAGACAUUUUGAACUGCCCAUCUUGAAAGGAAGAGAUGCAGAUGCAAGUGAAGCUGAGCGACAAAAGGGAGAAGAGAGGCUUAAAGAGCUGAUCAGUAUUGUGAACAGGUGUUUAAUUCGGAGAACUUCAGACAUCCUGUCCAAAUACUUGCCAGUGAAGAUUGAACAGGUGGUCUGCUGCAGACUGACACCUCUGCAGAUUGAGCUGUACAAGAACUUCCUGAAGCAAGCCAAGCCAGUGGAAGAGCUGAAGGAGGGCAAAAUCAGUGUGUCAUCUCUCUCUUCCAUCACAUCCUUGAAGAAGCUCUGUAAUCAUCCUGCUCUUAUCUAUGAUAAGUGUGUGGAAGAGGAAGAAGGAUUUAUGGGAGCCCUAGGCUUGUUCCCUUCUGGCUAUAGCACCAAAUCUGUGGAGCCCCAGCUUUCAGGAAAGAUGCUGGUUUUGGAUUACAUCCUUGCCGUUACCAAAAGCACCAGUAAUGACAAGGUGGUUUUAGUGUCCAACUACACUCAGACACUGGAUCUAUUUGAAAAGCUCUGCAGGAGCAGAAGGUAUUUGUAUGUCCGGCUGGACGGCACCAUGUCCAUUAAAAAGAGAGCAAAGAUCGUGGAGCGAUUCAACAGCCCCUCGAGCCCUGAGUUCAUCUUCAUGUUAAGCAGCAAAGCAGGUGGCUGUGGUUUGAACCUGAUUGGGGCCAACAGGCUGGUGAUGUUCGACCCUGACUGGAACCCGGCCAACGACGAGCAGGCCAUGGCUCGCGUGUGGCGCGAUGGCCAGAAGAAGAUGUGCUACAUCUACCGACUGCUCUCGACAGGGACCAUAGAGGAGAAGAUAUUCCAGCGCCAGACCCACAAGAAAGCCCUGAGCAGCUGUGUGGUGGAUGAAGAGCAGGAUGUAGAAAGGCAUUUCUCACUUGGGGAGCUGAAGGAGCUCUUCACGUUGAAUGAGACCACCACCAGUGACACCCAUGACAAGAUCAAGUGUCGGCGCUGUGUGAACGGGCACCAGGUGCGGCCCCCUCCCGACGGUUCCGAUUGCACCUCGGACCUGUCCCAGUGGCAGCACUGCGCGGACAAGCGGGGCCUGCAGGACUCUGUGCUGAAGGCUGCCUGGGACGCUGCUGUCACCUUCACUUUCCAUCAUCACUCCCACGAGGAGCAGCGAGGGAUUCCCUAACAGGUUACUGUCCCCUGUGGGGGCAAGGGCAGGCUCUGUGGCAGCCUGCCCCACUUUGAUCCCUUUCAAAGAAAGGGGUAGUGGGCAGCUCUGCAUGCUGGACUGUUGUGUGGCUCUGGAGUGGCUGGAAGGCCCUUGGCAGUGUUCAGUCUGCUGCAGCAGCAAGGAGUCCAUGGCUUUUUCUCUGCUGUUGUAUUGUGUGCCUGAAAAACAACCCCUUGGGAACUGGGAAAAACGGGACCUUGCAUGUUUGAUCAGAUUUAGCACUGGUUCUCUUGCCUUUCGUAUCUGUGCCUUCUACUCAGACAGCUUUUUGUCUUCAGGUUUAAGUUGAGCCAGGAGUUUUAUAGCACUUGAUGUGUAGUCAGGUUUUUUUCUUUGACAGCUCUGGCUUACAGCUGCUGAUCAAAACGUGCAGGAUCCAUUUUUGCUGUGAAAUACGAAUCUUGCUAAUUAUUUGGAAACAACAGGAUUUUGUACAGGGGGAAAAAAUUUUAGCUCGUUUGUUGGAACAUCUGGCCUUAAAGAUCAUGCAAGCAGUAGGAAAAUCAGGCUCUAUCCCAGUAAUUCCAUUUCUAAAACUACUUGCUUUGUUAUGGGCAGGAUCCCCUGAUCUAGCAGUGUUUUACACAUUACAUGACAGUAAUAAAAUUCACUUUGCUACA